AUAAUACAUAGUAUAGAAGAGCUGGCGGUAAGUUAAAAAAAAUUGAGAUUUCAAUAUCUUUACUACGCAUAAACCAGCGCCUCAUCUUAAUACACUUCAAUCAUGAAGCCGGCUAUUUUAACAAUCAAUAGAAGCUCGAUAAUAUAUCGGUAGAAAUCAUUCUUGUAAAGGCGUAUACCAGACACUAUUAUUAUUGACAAUUACUAUGAUAAAAGUGCAACAUUUUAUUAUUUUCAAUCUAUAUUUCAUUAAGUAUAAAUAUUUUUUUUGAGUAAUACAUUUUGAAAACUCCUAAAUGCUGGUGGAAAAAACACAUAAAAAUUGUUAAAAAGUGCGCCAAAUCUUAGUUAUAGUAGAGGGCAUAGUAUGUCUAAUUUUUGUUCAAAAUAGUAAUUUUUAGAUGUUUUAUUUACAGCAAGAAUAAAAUACAAAUAAUCGUAUGUAAAAAUGACUGAAAGUGAUGAUGAUGAUGAACCUCAAUUAAGUGCUUCUACAUUAGCUGCAUUAAAUGAAUUUUAUGCAGAUCAACAACAAAAAGACGAACAAUUAAAACAAAUACUUAACAAUCAAGAUGAUGGUGAACCAUCAAAUAUUAUAUUUGAUGAAGAUUGGCAAUUAAGUCAAUUUUGGUAUGAUGAUUUGACUGUAGAUACAAUUGUUAAAGCAAUUCUAAAAAUCACGACAAAUAAUGAUAGCAUUGCUCUUAUUUCUUGUCCCACUUUAUACCCAUCUUUAAAAAAACAUGCAGAAGCUCGACAAGUAAAACUUUUUGAAUAUGAUGAGCGUUUUUCGAUACAUCAACCUAACUUUAUUAGGUAUGACUACAAAAAUCCACUUGAUAUUCCUAAAGACAUGUCUCAGGGUUUUGAUCUUGUAAUAGCUGAUCCUCCAUUUCUUUCCGAAGAAUGUCUUGAAAAAAUUUCAGAGACAGUAAAAUUUUUAUCCAAAAAAUAUAUCUUUAUUUGUACAGGUGCAACUAUGGCAGGCUUAGUUGAAAAACUAUUAAACGUUAAAAAAUGCAAAUUUAAACCUCAACAUAAAAACAAUCUUGCCAAUGAAUUCUGGUGUUAUGCUAACUUUUCGUUCGAUUCUUUAAUAGAGUAAUUAUUCAUGUUUAUUUUAAUAAAAAAUCUAUAAUUUAGAA